AUGCGUUCCAGUGUGGAUGGACAAUCCAACCUCCACGGCAGAGGGCACACAAAUGACAACAACAAUAACAACAACAACAGCAGCAUCAAUGAGAACAGUGGAAAUUCUGGUUCCCAGUAUGCUCUCUGCGCGCUGGGUGUUGGACUCGUGGCCCUUGGCAUUGUCAUGAUCGUCUGGAGCGUGGUGCCGGCAAGCCCGACUGGUAACAACAGCAGUAGUGCAGGUGGAGGAGGAGGAGAAGCUGAUUCUUCUGAAAACAGGAAAAGCAAAGCUUCCUCUGUAGCCUUUGUCCUGGUGGGCUCAGGGGUGGUCAUGCUGCUGCUGUCCUUGUGUCUGGGAAUGAGGAACAAGCAGAGGGAGCAACGGAGGCUCCAGGAAGCCCAGAACCACAGAGGUUUGACAGCCAUGGAGAAUGGGAAUGUAGAAAUUGCUGAGCAAGACACCCAACGCUAUGCUGUGCCCACCUAUGAGGAGGUAGUGGGCAGUGGCCAAUAUCCUGUCCGCCAGAGCAAUCUUCAGCACAGUUCGUCCCAGCUGCCCUCCUAUGAUGACUUGGUCCAGGUUGAUGGCGUGCAGUAUGAAUUUGAAGGUUCAGAGGUUGCUGAUCCCGGAUCACAGCCUGGCUCUGCCUCCGGCAAUACAGUUGCUUCCGCUUCAAAUCGGAAGCCUAGUAAAAGUGGUCGCAAGCUCCUACCCAUAAAAAUCCGCAGGAUCAAAUCAGAGAAGGUGCCCAAUUCUCAACCAUCUGCUGGGAUCAGUAUAGAACCUCUCACUCCACCGCCACAGUAUGAGGACAAGGUGCCCCCCCUCUGA